GAUGAUAAAUUGGAUUACGUUCGGUUUGGGUCAUGAAUUUCUACGUAAAGCAUUCAGGCAUACAAAAGAGCUUAUCUGAAGUAGAUUCAGAAUCUGCGCUUGUACAUCCAAGUAGUGAAGGAGCAUCAAUGGUUUUAGGCCAACAUGUUGAGUCCUACCGUGUUUUUGUAGCAACAUGGAAUGCAGGAGGAAUUUCUCCCCACAACGGCCUUAAUUUGGACGAAUUCCUUCGCACUGAUAAUCCAUCAGACAUAUAUGUGCUGGGUUUUCAGGAAAUUGUUCCUUUGAAUGCUGGAAAUGUGCUGGUCAUAGAAGAUAAUGAACCUGCAGCAAAAUGGCUAGCUUUAGUGAAUCAAUCACUGAACAAACAAUCCAAAGGGGUUCCGAGGAGAACAAAUAGCGUUGGAGGGUCGCUAUUUUUCGCAAAGCCUUCCCUAAGAAAGAUCAGUAAAGCUUUCAGAACAGAAAGCAAAAGGAGACUUAAGGCCUGUAACUGCACCGCUGAACUGGAGAGGAGGCAUGGAAAGGACUUCUGUUGCCCACUUCAACAGUCAAACAUAAGUGAAGUUGACUUUUCAUCCGAUGAGGAUGAAGAGGGAUCUAAUGGAUUUGAUAUCUUGAAUAGCCAGAUGAAGUACAGCCUUGUAGCAAGUAAGCAAAUGGUGGGAAUUUUCCUCACUAUUUGGAUUAGGACGGAGCUCGUUCAAUAUGUUAGUCACAUGAGAACCUGCUGCAUUAGUCGCGGGAUCAUGGGUUGCCUUGGCAACAAGGGUUGUAUAUCUGUGAGCUUUCAGUUCCGUCAGACAAGCUUCUGCUUUGUCUGCAGUCACUUGGCAUCUGGAGAGAAAGAGGGGGAUGAACUUAGAAGAAAUCUUGAUGUCAUAGAGAUUUUAAAAAACACACAAUUUCCCAAGAUUUGUAGAACACCAUACAGUAGGAUGCCUGAGAAAAUUCUAGAUCAUGAUCGGAUCAUAUGGCUUGGGGACCUGAAUUACCGCAUCUCUCUGAGCUACUCCGACACACGAAAACUUUUAGAGGCUAAAAACUGGGAUGCUCUCUUUGACAAUGAUCAGCUCAAGAUUGAGAGGGAAGCGGGACGAGUAUUCAAAGGAUGGAAAGAAGGAAAAAUUUACUUUGCACCAACAUACAAGUACUCUUAUAACUCAGACACUUAUGCUGGGGAGGUGCAUAAAUCGAAAAGCAAAAGGAGAACUCCAGCUUGGUGUGAUAGAAUACUAUGGCACGGAAAUGGGAUUCGACAACUUUUUUACUGGCGUGGAGAGGCCCGAUUUUCUGACCACCGUCCAGUUUUGGCGGCCUUUUUGAUAGAUGUUCUGACUAAUGAUAGUAGAGUCAAGAGGGGAUUAUCUGGAUCUAAUAUGAAAAUUGAGAUUGAAGAGCUUUUACUUGGGAAGUAGUAACAUGGUCUCCAAGAAGUAAAAACAAGUAUUCAGAUGCUGACAAGUCAUUUUGAGGUUUGAGAAAUAUACGGUGUGCUAAUCUUGUAAGAACUGCAGCAUUCUGUGUCACAAGCUGUAAAUACCUCCGCAAACAAGCGACAUAACAUACAUAUGGAAAACGUUACAUGAUGUCAGUUCGGCAGCGUGCAAUAUGGUUAGCCUCCCUUGAUCCAAUGUUCCAAAACCUAUGUGAUUCUAACUCAAAAGAGUUAGUUCAUGGUCGGAGAUGUGUAGGCUAUGCAGUUGUUUCGAAAACGGAUAAACUUCAGUUCAGGUUUUUGAUUGGAACAUGCUUCUAACGUUUGUCAAACAAGAAAAGCUUUAAAGACAUUACAGUUUUCUUCUCCCGUCUGUUUCUCAUCCUUGUUCAAAAUUAAGGUGUGAAAGGACAAAAGGAGGGAGUUUGUAAUUUUUGUAUCUGUCAUCUCUGAUCUAUUCAGUCAAACGGGUUGUUGCUGAAAGCAAGAAGCAUUAAAGUAAAUCAAUUUUGCUUUUAAAAACGGUUGCUAUUAUAAAAUUACCAUUAUUAUUAGCUACAACAGUUUGUUCAUUCAAACUUCAACUGCAAUUUUGCAUUGAUAAUACCA